UGUAGAUUUGUUAUCUUUGGCAUCAAGAACCAUUUGAAAAAAAAGGAAAAAUGAAGGUCUUGGCUGGACUUCUUUUGUUUGUGGCUUUCACUGCCAGCUAUAAAAUCCCGGACGAGCAAGAAAGAGAAAAACGGUUUAUAUUCGGGAAAUGCGACGCGGACACGGAUUGCGGUGUCGAACGCUGCUGCAGUGUAAUUGGAACAUGCCACAACAAGAGAGGCUUGAACCAGUCAUGUAACUUUAGUGGACUCCACAAGUGUGGUUGCAAAUCCGGUUUGACAUGUCAGCCAGUUUUUUCCAUCGGAUCACUUCCCAUUUACCAUCGCUGCAAACCGGCGCCAACUGAGGAGCCAGGCUCCGGUGACUUACAGUGAGAGGAUGGUUCUUAGUUUGAAAUAAACGGGAUCCAAGAAACA